AUGUUCCCAGUGGUUACCAGCCACCGCCUUUGGUGGUGCGGGUUUCAGAGGAUACUCUGCCUGAGCCAGCCUGGCCUACACAGGCAGAUCUUUCGGCCUAUGCACAUCAGAGUCGGAGACCGUGCUGAACUCUGUAGGGCCUUCACACAAAGGGAUGUGAUUGCCUUCUCAGAAUUAACAGGGGAUGUCAACCCUUUGCAUUUAAAUGAAGAUUUUGCAAAACAUACCAAGUUUGGAAAGACUGUUGUACACGGAGUCUUGAUCAAUGGACUUAUAUCAGCUCUCCUGGGUACUAAGAUGCCUGGACCAGGUUGUGUAUUUCUCUCCCAGGACAUUAGCUUUCCAGCUCCCUUGUAUAUUGGGGAAGUCGUUUUAGCAUCUGCAGAAGUGAAAAAACUGAAGCGGUUCAUUGCUGUUAUUGCAGUAUCAUGCUCUGUAAUAGAAAGUAAAAAGACUGUUAUGGAAGGCUGGGUUAAAGUUAUGAUCCCAGAAGCUCCAAAAUCCUAAUGAGUUUUUGAAGAUGCGUGUUCAGGCAUCACUGUUGUUAUUAAAGAACCUCUGGGAUAAACAGUGAA